ACUAUCUUUCCUUUUUACAGACUCUUUGGCUCCUGCUCCCUUUGGCAAAUCUCGCGAUAGGAGCCCUCCGCGUCACUACGUAAUGUGCCGUGCUGCUUCUAGCGGCGCUGGUGACAGUGCUGAAAGCUGUUGGGUAUGAAGUGAAACGGAACUGAAUUUUUGUACCAUCCGCAACUGCUUCAACGUUCAGAUCACAAGAAAGAAGCCUGAAAAUCUCCAAAAAACGAAACAAGCAACGUCACAUACCGGAUCAUUUCAAGGGUUUGACCAGGGAAACAAGAAGUAAACCAAAAACCUUGUAUUGACCAAAGACAAACAUCAGGCCAGUCGACACAAGCAGAAGAUAAGCAAAUCCUAAGCCCAAGCAUACUUUGAGAAAACGACAACUGAUCUGAAACCAGAAGUUUGUGCCUACUCAACAGCUUUGACAAAGCACACGUCCCAACGCUGCUCCUAGCCCUCCUCAUCCUCCCCACACCACCAACUCACCAUUGGGGUGUGGAGUGAGCUGCUCCUUUAUUUUUUCCAUCAUAGCUCCCUACUAUUUCCGCCUCCUUCUCCCACUCUUUUCAUCGUAGUUUUUUUAAGCCCUGUUUUUCCACUGCAUAUUUUUGCGUUCCGUUUCUCCCUCCUUUUGCUUGAUGCAAGCAUCUAGAACCCGUGCCACAGGCCUGUAACUAGUGUGUGUGUAUGCGCGCAUGUGUGAAUGUGUGUGUGUGAAGUGAUCUGCAGGAAGCGCACAGUCCUCAAGAACCUGAGAAUUCCCUUUCAAGACGACAAAGCAUAGCCAAGGCCGGUCCACAAUGUCAAACAUGGAACGAGGCUCCUCCGAACCUCGCCCGUCGACCUCCAGCGCUCCUGUGUCUAUCCCCCGCUCCUCUUCGGUCUCUUGCCGCCCCCAGCCAGGAAGUAAAAAACACAAGCGGACUCCUUUGUACCAGAGAUCAAUGAGUUUUGACCCGGGCAUGCUCCACAACAACGGGCACAGCGCCUAUGCCAACGGCUCGGGGCCCGGCAUUAGAGAGACGGGCGUGAUCGAGAAGCUCCUGACCUCCUACGGUUUCAUCCAGUGCUCCGAGCGCCAGGCCCGCCUUUUCUUCCACUGCUCGCAGUACAGCAACAUGCAGGACCUCAAAAUCGGAGAUGAUGUUGAGUUUGAGGUGUCCUCUGACAGGCGCACUGGCAAGCCCAUAGCAGUCAAGCUGCUUAGAAUUAAGCCAGAGGUGCUGCCAGAGGAGCGCAUUUCAGGCCAGGUGGGGCCAGACCUGCACGCCUAUCCCUUUACUGUGCUGCAUGGUUAUAUUCAUCCAGUUGUCGCAUCAAUUCCUGGUAAUUUGGAUGGGAAGGCUGCACCCGGCCAGGUGCCCUCUGGAAGUGUUUGCUACGAAAGGAAUGGGGAAGUGUUCUACCUGACCUACACUGCAGACGACGUGGAGGGCAACAUCCACCUGGACACAGGUGACAAAGUGGUCUUUUAUAUGGAGACCAACAAGCACACUGGUGCGGUCAGUGCUCGCAACAUUCAACUGGUGACCAAAAAGCAAAUGAGGUGCCAGGGUGUGGUGUGCGCGACCAAGGAGGCUUUUGGAUUCAUUGAGAGGGCUGAUGUGGUGAAGGAGAUCUUUUUUCACUACAGCGAGUUUAAGGGCGAUCUGGAGGCCCUGCAGGCGGGAGAUGACGUGGAGUUCACCAUCAGAGAUCGAAACGGCAAAGAGGUGGCGACAGAAGUGAGACUGCUCCCCCAAGGAACCGUCAUCUUUGAGGAUAUUAGCAUCGAGCAGUUUGAAGGCACCGUCGUCAAGGUCAUCCCCAAGGUCCCCACCAAAAACCAGAAUGACCCCCUUCCAGGUCGCAUCAGUGCCCGCAUUAGUUUCAAUGACAAAGAGCUGCCGUUUGGCGAGAAGGACACAAAUUCCAAGGUGACCCUUUUGGAGGGAGACCACGUCCAGUUCAACAUUUCCACUGACAGGAGAGACAAGCUGGAAAGAGCCACCAACAUCGACAUCCUCCCGGACUCCUUCGGCAUCACUAAAGAGACUCGUGAAAUGGGUGUGAUUGCUGCGAUCCGUGACGGCUUCGGCUUCAUUAAAUGUGUGGAUCGGGACGCUCGGAUGUUCUUCCACUUCAGCGAGGUCCUGGAGGAGACUCCGCUGCACAUUUCUGACGAAGUGGAGUUCACCGUCGUGCCCGAUAUGCUGUCGGCGCAGAGGAACCACGCAGCGCGCAUCAAGAAGCUGCCCAAAGGCACGGUGUCGUUUCACACCCAGUCUGAGCAGCGCUUUAUGGGCGUGGUGCAGAGGGACGUCGCGGCAGCCGGCGCCAAAAAUGCCAGUCCCAGCAAGAGCAAAGAGAAGGAAGCUGAGGAUGGAGUGAUCGCGUAUGAGGACUGUGGCGUGAAGCUCACAGUGCCAUACCACGUGAAGGACCUGGAGGGAGCUUAUCUCCCACAGGCUGGGGACAAGGUGGAGUUCUCUAUCAACGAAGUGAAAAGAAGCGGCCAGCAGAGUGCGGUCUCCAUCAGGGUCAUGAACCGCAACACCUCCAACGCCAAGCGAUUGCAGGGCUUCAUCGCCACACUCAAGGAUAACUUUGGCUUCAUUGAGACGGCCGAUCACGACCAGGAGAUCUUCUUUCACUACAGUGAAAUGAGCGGGGACCUGGAUAGUCUUGAGCUUGGCGACACAGUGGAGUACACCCUCUCAAAGGGAAAAGGAAAUAAAGUCAGUGCUGAAAGAGUGGACAAAGUGGCCGCAGUCAAUGGCAUUGGUGAAGAUGUUGGUACCACAGUGAUGACUGGCAAAGUCAUCCGUCCCAUACGCAGCGUGGACCCCUCUCAGACGGAGUACCAAGGGCUGAUAGAAGUUACAGAAGAAGGUGACGGUAAAGGCCAAACCUACCCCUUUGGAAUCAUGGGUAUGGCUAAUAAGGCCUACUGCCUGCAGAAAGGAGAACCGGUGAAGUUCCAGGUUUGCACAAUAUCCCAGACUGGACAGAAAAUGGCCUGCAAUGUGGUCCCGCAGCGGUGCGCCUUGGUGGAGUGUGUCAAAGACCAGUUCGGUUUCAUCACAUACGAAGUCGGCGAGAGCAAGAAGCUGUUCUUCCAUGUCAAAGAAGUGCAAGACGGCCUGGAGCUCCAGACCGGAGACGAAGUGGAGUUCUCGGUGGUCUUCAAUCAACGCACGGGAAAAUGUAGUGCCUGUAACGUGCGCAGAGUCAGUGAGGGGCCCAAACCUGUGGUCACCCCGCGCCCAGACCGUCUGGUCAACAGAUUGAAGAGCAUCACUCUGGACGACGCCAGCGCCCCGCGUCUCGUCAUCGUUCGACAGCCCCGUGGUCCGGACAAUUCAAAGGGCUUCAAUGUGGAGCGCAAGACUCGCCAGCCUGGAGUCAUUGACUGAGUCAUGUGCUGGUAGGAGGGGGGGUGUAAAACAAAUGACCUCACCAAAUUGACCUAUAGAAAUCCUUCUGGCCAUCCUUGUCUCCAGUCUCUGUGUGUGCACGUGUGAAAUCUGACUGUGUGUCCCAACCUUUCCUUCUCUGCGUACUUUGGAAUUCUGCACCUGUAAAUGUCUGCCUGCAUGACUUUAGAAGCCAGGAUUUGUGUUGGUCUCCUUUGGACUGUGAGGUUUGUGACAAAUGGCAUCAAGCAAAGUUCCCUCCAUCAUUUUUCUCAUACUUGCGACUGAGCAUUAUUCUUCUUUUUCCUCUUCUGCUCCUUUUUUGGAACAUGUUUUACCUAACGGCUUUCUGAAAGCAAGCAAGGCGUGUGUGUGUGUCUUUAAGAGAUUUACUUUUACCAACCUGGAGCCUUAAAGAUACUUGUUCUUGGUAUACACAAGCUCCACUAAAGCAAUUUCUCCCAGGUGCAGAAUUCCUUCUCUUCUACAUUUGUUGUCCUUUUUCAUUUAAAGUCAUUGAAUAACAAGGUGCCUAAAAACAACUGGUGAAAAAGAUCAAGAACAAUCUUAGAUGGCUUUGGUAUCUAAUAGAUGACAAUGAUAUGCACAUGUGUGCUUUUUCUUUUCCUUAGUACCAAUCAGACUUCAUAUAGCAAAACAAAUUUAACUUCAUGGGGGUGGGGGAGGAAAACAAGUAAGGUAUCGGAAAUAAAAAGAAUAUAAAGAGGAAUGAGGACAUUUAGACGGGAAAGAAAAAGAAUAUAAAGAAGAAUGAGGACAUUUGGACUAGAUGUCUCUGAUAGGAAGAACUCUCAGCCAUCACCACGUACAGACAUCAUGGUCUGGAAUGAAUAAACACAUUAAAAGUUUUAUGAAACUCCGCUGG